UGACUGUGAUUUUUCCUGUACAUCUAAUGUUGAUUCAACAGGUACAAGAAAAGGAUCAGAAUCUCAAACGCACCAGAACAACGCGAGUUCAUCCGACAUAGUGAAUGGUAAUUAUGAUGUGGCAAGGCAGGACGCGCUAACCGAGGAAACCAACAAUCAAGGACAACUUGUGCACAAUAAUGUUGAGGGAGAUACUGAUGGAGUGGGUGAUCUAGACAACUUGAGUGAUGUCAGUGACAUGUCUGGACUGAGUGAAGAUGCCUGGCAAACCACAUCACCUGGUUCCAUGAUGUGGGUUCAAGAUCAGAUGAUGACAGGAAUCAAUCCUCGUGUCAUUCUCAAUGACCUGAUCAUGUCAGACGUCCUUAUUCCGGAAGAUAUGGAUGAUUUUACUCUUUGGAAAAUAAUCGUCAAUAUCAUGUCUGAACCCCCAAGAAGAAAGAAGCUUCUUCAUGUUAAUACCAUGGAUGAUGUCCUUCAUCUUCUGAAGACUUGUAGUAAGAUCAUGGUAUUGACAGGAGCAGGGGUGUCAGUAUCAUGUGGUAUCCCUGAUUUUAGGUCUAGGAAUGGUAUAUAUGCCAGACUAGCUGUUGACUUUCCAGAUCUUCCUGACCCUCAGGCAAUGUUUGAUAUCAAAUACUUCAGGGCUGACCCAAGACCUUUCUUCAAAUUUGCAAAGGAAAUCUAUCCAGGCCAGUUUGAACCGUCCAAAUCUCACAAAUUCAUCAAAAUGUUAGAAGGUCGGGGGAAGCUUCUGCGCAACUAUACACAGAACAUUGAUACUCUGGAGCAAGUGGCAGGCAUAAGCAGUGUUAUUCAGUGCCAUGGAUCAUUUGCCAAUGCUACUUGUAUGGUUUGCAAACACAAGAUGAAUGCAGAUGAUAUUAAGGAAGAUAUUUUCAAACAAGUAAUCCCCCACUGUCCCAAGUGUCCCCUAGAAGACCCUGCAGCAGUGAUGAAGCCAGAUAUAGUAUUCUUUGGAGAAAGUCUUCCUGAGGAAUUUCAUCAACAGAUGGCUGCUGAUAAAGAUAAAUGUGAUCUACUCAUUGUCAUUGGGUCAUCACUGAAAGUUCGCCCAGUUGCUCUUAUUCCAAAUUCUUUACCUCCUGAUGUUCCACAAAUUCUCAUUAACCUGGAACCUCUUAAGAACAUGACCUUUGAUGUUGAACUGCUUGGCAAUUGUGACACUAUAGUCAGUGAGUUGUGUAAGAGACUGCAAUGGGAGGGAAUUUCUAGUCUGUCUGAACCACCCAUGGAAGAGGUGACCAAAUGCCAGCUGAAGACUCCUCCUCCAUAUCCUAUGGCAGAUGAUGUGUUUCCUGUUGAGAAAAUUACUGAUAAGACUAUUAACAAAAUAGAGAAUCAGGAUGGAAAACUCGAAGAAGUUGUGAGUGAUAGCAAACAACUGGCAGGAAAUUCAAGUCUUGAUUCAAUUAAAGGUCAGACUUCAGAUAACUCUGUUGUAGGUCAAAGUUCAAUGUGUAAUACAAACCAAGUGGAGGCUGGUCAACCACAGGACACUGAAGUGGGUCAAAGUUCAGAUCUCCAUGUUUGUUCUUCAGAGGAUAAAGUUAUCGGUCAAAAUCAUUGUGCACAAUCUUUACAAGAAAAUGUGAGUACUUCUAUACCUGUCAUGGACCAAAAAAUUAUUAGGUCUGCUGAUACAUGUAAACAUCCUCAGCAGAGUGUGACAGAAAGAGCUGUAGAACCAGACAUAUCUAAUCUGCAGCAAAGUGACAAACAUUCUACUACUCCCAUUGCUGAAUCAACUACUGCAACUAAAACAUUGACACCCAAAGAAUGUGAGAUUACUCCUUUGGACAAUAACACAAGUCCUUUGGACAGUAACACAAGUCCUUUGGACAGUAACACAAGUCCUUUGGACAAUAAUACAAAGGUUGUAUUGGGCAAUGCUGAAGAAGACCUGAAUUCUGACUUGGAGACAAACAAGAAUUUCCAGCAGGGAUCAAGCUGCUCCCAAGAGAAUUCAGACCUAGAAAUGAUGAGGAGCAUGUGGCAGCCAAAGCGUCAUGACAGUCUCUCCAAACGGUUAGAGGAAAACCAAUUCUUGUACCUGGCACCAUGUCGGUAUGUGUUUUCGGGAGCGGAGGUUUAUGACAGUAGUGAUGAUGAAACAGAUGAAAGAAAAUCUUCAACAUCAUCAAGUUGUUGUUCUAUUGACUCUAGGUUGGGUGAUAGAGUAGACAACCAAGAGUGUGAUAUGGAAAUGUCACCUUGUGUCCAACCCUCGGAGUGUUCACAGCCAAAUGACCAGGUGUCCACUACUCAGUCCAACAGUAAAGAAAGCACACUUGUUCCUCAGUCAAAUGACCAGGUGUCAACUACACACUCCAACAGUACAGAAAGCACACCUGUUCCUCAGUCAAAUGACCAGGUGUCAACAACUCAGUCAAUCAGUAGAGAAAGCACACCUGUGGUGUCUUCUGAAGCUAUAGACUAGCUUAGAUGUAAACAAAGCACACUUGCGUACUAAUGUGAUUGGCAUAGUGAGAAUUAGAGAAGGCACAGCUGCUGUGUCUACUGAUGUCAAAGUCAGAAACAUGUUAUGCAGGUUGUGUCUACUAAAGCUUUUGGCCAGUUUAGAUAUAGAGAAAUGCAACUGCUGUGUCUGCAUACACAGGAAUCAUUAACAUGAUGAAAAAAUACAUACAUAGAGAAAGAGGUCUGUAUUGACACUAUCUUGUUUACAUUAUCAGCUACUUAGUCCUGAUUAAGAGAAUGGAUAGCUGUCUUGUCGGUAUACAUUGUCAGCUACUCCAUUGUGAUUAAGAGAAUGGACAACUGUCUUGUCUGUUUACACUAACAGCUACUCUAAUCUGUCCUGAUGAAGAGAAUGGGCAACUGUCUCGUCUGUUCACAUUAUCAGCUACUUGGUUGUAAAGAAAGAGAAUGUUGUGUCUUCUUAAACUAUAAGCUUCAUAGUCCUGAAGUCCAUUGUAUCCAUGAUUUUGGUUUUUAUACUCUCAUAUUUUUUAUUUCAAUUCCAAAGUUUUCUUUUCAGAUACUAUUUUCAACAACCCCAACUUAUUAGAACAAGACUUAGCAUUGGAUGUCUAAAACACCAUCCAAAUGGUUCGUAACUUGAAUUUGACAAAAUUAUUGCAUAUAAGAUAAUUUUUUUUUUCCAAAUCAGACAGUAAUUGUCAAUAUAGAUUGCUUAUAAAUGGUCAAAUUUCAACAAACGUUUAUUAUGGCCUCACCCAUGAAUAGGCUGAGGCCUUCACCCCAUCCGUCCACCACACUGUGGUUAGACUUUAUAUUUAGGUCAUUUUCUUAAUAAUUGUUUUAGGAUGGUUAUAAAUUUUUUGAAUGUGUGUUUUUUCGGAGACAAUUUUAAUGUAGAGUUCAA